AGAUACAGAUGACACACGACCCCCGCUCCUUUUAUAGCGAUGGCUCCGCGCGAGCUGGAGCUGGCACCAACGCCUAUACUUCAGCUGCCAAUCCAAGCAAGUCCUGCCGCAAAAUUCCUCGCCGCAGCUCUCCGCGCUGCUGCUCACUGCUGCCGCGAUCACCAACGCGCUCGCUUCCAAUCCUACCAGCUCCCACAAUCCAUCUGCGCCAUCCGUCGUCGGCGAGGCGUCGCCACGAUGCACCCAGGCCGCCGCCGUGGCGGCAUCGCCGCGGACGCCGACUUCGUGGCCAUAGGCUUCACCCUCGUGCUCAGUGCGGUGUCGUGCCUCUUCUUCGUCCUCGUCGGCAGCAACGACACCGACGGCGAGGGCGUCAAAUCCGCCACGGAGUGGGAGGCCAUCCCGGCCUUCGGUCUGAUGUCCACCGGCCUGCUGCUGAUCAUGUACGGCAUGCGGGCGCGCGGCGCGCGGCCUCCCGUUCUCGUUCGCCGCGUCGCGAACGCCGCGGGCGCCGCGCUCUUGCACCCGGGUGGACCUGAGAGGCUGCUGGCCGUGAUGAUCCUGCUCCUGCCCCCGUUUCUGGAAGCCUGGUUCGAUUUCUUCUGACGACCACCACCAUCCCAGCAGACACAGAUUUCAGAUGUCUCGGUAUCACAAGAGCGUUGACAAGUUUAGGGAGGGCUAAUAUGCGGUGCUACAAAUCCACUAGGGGCAAAACCGCAAAAGUGGGAUAACUCAGACGCAUAUUUACAUGUCUGUCCUAUUUAACGAUAAACUUUGUAAAAGGUCCAAAGGGAGAAUAUACCUCUAGAGUACAGGGGCCCAUGAUCGAGACAUGGGAUGUGUACAGCAGAGUGAAUAAAUUGGAAAACAAUGUGCAGCAGAGUUUGAUAGGCUCCCUUCAAAUCUGUCAUGAUUCAUUAGCCAGUAAUGCUGGGCUUUUGGUUAAGCUAACAUUCUUUUGUUUUUCUUUUCUUGUAAGCGUUUCUGUACUGUAUGUAACCACAUGCUUUGUAUAAUAUUUUUGCAUGUGAGAUCACUUGAGAGAAA